AUGGCGAGCGGGCAGGCAGGCCCCCCCUCCACCCCAGACCCGCCGGGCGGGCCCGCUGCGGUGCCGCCGGCGCCCGCCCCGACCGUCCUCUCCCAGGCCGUGCUGGCCGCAUGCGAGAGGGGUGACACGCUCGCCACCCUUGCGCUCUUCGACCAGGAAGGCUACCUGUCCAUAGACACCCGCUCCCUCUACCAGUCCACGCUCCUGCACACGGCAGCGAAGCGAGGGCACGUGGAGGUGGCGCGGCAGCUGCUGGCACGAGGCGCCCAGGUGAAUUGCCUCGACUACGGCGGAAUAAGGCGGUCCCCGCUGCACUGGGCCUGCCACGGCGGCCACGUCGCGAUGGUCGAAAUUUUGUUAGAGGCAGGAGCGGACACCACGGCGGAUGGCCGGUCCUGGAGCAAGCUGGUGCAGGGGCAGCGGUGCGGCAGCCUCAUCCCAAAGGACCAGCCCACAGAGUCAGUGGAGAGCGUGUGCCGCAACAAUGCAGUCAGGCUGGCGCUCACGCGGCCGGACUGGAGCCCCAGCUUGAAUGGAAUGUGGCCCCAGCGCUUCAAGGAGGCUGCGCAGACGCUGCUGCUUGCUUCCGCCUGCAGCCGAAGCUGCUGCGAGGAGGCUAGCGGUUGCAGCAGCGGCAGCCCCCGUGGCGGCGGCCUCCCGCUCGGCAGGGACACGUUGCUGGAGGUGCUGCAGCGAGCUGCCUACCCCAUCUCGGCCUGGAUGUGA